CCUGCUGGCCCUGCCGGGCUGAGGUCACUCGCCGCCCCCCGCCCGCAGACUCCAUGGGCGCCUGGUCCCUGCCGGGCCGCCCGCUGCUGCGCCAGCCCGCCCGACCCGAGGAGGCGGCGGGGAGCGUCAGCGCCUGGGAGCCGCGCUCGCCUCUUCCCCCGCCGCCGCCGCCGCUGCUGCUCCGCCGCCCAUGAGCCGCCUGGGAGCCCCGCCAGCUGUCGCCGAGGCGCAUGGAGAGCGCGGCCGCCUGUGUGUGCUCGGUUCUUUUCUUACAUCUUCCUCUCAUCUCUGGAAGCUCCAUCCACAUUGGAAUAGGCAGCAAUUAUUCCAAUCUCUAUGAAGGCAGCAUUCUGCCCUGUAAAAAAGAAGAACUACGGUGUGGCAACGGACUCUGCCUCCUGAACUGGCUGCGCUGUCACUACAAGAAGGACUGUGGCAGAGACUACAUGUCCAUCAAACUAACAUGCUCAAAAGUUCACUUGAACCAGAGCAGCCCUAUCAGUGAAUUUCCCGGCUACAGUGAAAACGGCAAUGACGCCAGCUUGCUGGUCUCCCCCCUCCUGGUAGCUGGAGUAGUGAUUGGACUUGUGCUGUUUCUAUCCUGUGUGACAAUCAUUGUUGGCAGCCUGAGAAAGGAUGGACGCUUAAGACACCCACAUCUGAGGAGAGAAGCUAAUUAUGCUCCAGAUGGCUUCUCCUACGGUGGCUCAAUUGGAGAACUGAGAUCCACCUGCACAGAGGAGUUCCCACCAGCUUUUGACUUUGGUUCCUACAUGGAGACUCUCUCUCAGGUCAAUAUCAUGUAUCCUGACUCACCUCCAUGCUACGAUGAGUGCAUUGGGCCUGGAGCGACACAAAUCUAUAUUCCUACAGAUGAUCCUCCACCCUAUUCUCUGACAGAUCCUUGUCAAAGGAAUGAAUUGUCUAUAAACAUUAGCUUGGAAGAGGAGGCAGCCUCUGGGACUACAGGAAGAUCUUCUAAUUAUCCAGUCAGACUGCAGGACUUGCAGCAGCCCAUCUCAUCAAUUUCUUUGACAGCACUCACUCUCGAGGCUGCCCCCCCAUAUGAGACAGUUGUGUGUGAACAAAAUAGGCCCAUUCCGCUGGUUCCAAUGGAUGUGCUGAAAAAUUCUUCAACUGACUGUCAAACCCUUCUCAACCAAAUCAUCUAAAUGCAAGUGGCUCUUUCCACCCACUCUUUAGGAGGAGUCUGUCAGGAUGAGAAAAUGGGGUUUAAACAGAAGAAUAAAACCCAUAAAACUUUUAUCUAUUUUA